UGCCCCCUGUCCAGAGGCAGAGGGCCCGGAGGGCUGGCAUUCUCUUCGUUCUCUGGGAUGGGGUUCUGCCAGCUGGUCUGAGGGGGGUCAGAGUGCCCCCCCGUUGCCCGACGCCCACUAAUGUGUGGGGCUUGAGGCCACAGCAUCCAGGAGAAGGUUGCGGCUGGUGAGGGGCCCUUGGGAGGCACGCUAAUGAAGCAGAAGGCUCUGGCGGGUGGGUUGGAAGUCUGAGAGGCGGCGUUCAGCCCAGGGCUUGGUGGCCACGAGACCGCCCAGUUCCCGUGCUGUGCCUGUCCCCUCACCAGCGCAGGCCCACCUCCUCGUGGGUGGGGACCACGUGAGUUAGGCUGCUGGGGCAGGUGCUGGCUUGCUGCACACACCCACCAAGUAGUGUCUAGAUCCCACACGGGGGCUACGGCAGGAGCAGCGGCGGCAGAGGGUUGAGCGGCUGCGUGUCAAGAUGUGGGGAGAUGUGGGGAGAUGCGCUGGCAGGAAGUGGGGUGGGGAGCUCCGCUGAGGUCUGCACAAGGGCACCUCUGAAGGUGCCCAAGCCACUGGGCCUGCUCCAGCCGGGGCCGAGGAGGAGCUAACCGUGCGCAGGGCCUUGGCCUAGCUGUGGCUUCACAGGAUGGGGCCACAGGUGCCCUCGGCCCCUCCUGUCCUCUGGGUCCUAGGGUGCCUUGCCUUGUUCCUCUGGCUGUGGACACUGUGCACAGCCUGCCACAGGAAGCGGGUGCAGAGGUCGCGGGCCGGGCCCCAGGGCUGUGUGAUGCCAGUGGAAGUGUCACUGCUGAGACAACACCGCCUCUGCUCCCUCAGCAAGUCGACACCCAGACUGCAUGAGCUGCACCGGGGCCCAAAAAGCUGCAGGGGUGACCCUCGACCUGCCAGCGUGGAUAUCCUGCACCCGCGAUGGCUGGAAGUGCCCAGAGGCACCAGCAGAACUCUGACAGCCUUCUCACACGAGAACUGCCCCGGGCGACGCCCUGCUGCCACCUUGCCCUCCAUCUGCCCCGAGGCCACCUAUUCCAAUGUGGCGCUGGUGCCCGCCCUGUGGUUGUGGGCAGGGGAACGGCUGACCAGCAGCCCUGCCAGGCCCUGGCUGAGGCCGCGACCCGGGGUGGCUGAGUAUGCCUGUAUCCAGAAGCUCGAGGGAACAGAUCAAAGGCCCCAAAGCCUCAGGCAGUGGAAGGCCGAGGUGGACCCCAGCUGUAUCAGUGUAAAGUGGACAUCCUGUUACUCCAGGGUUAAGAAGCCUAAAAAGAGGGACCUAGGACCUGCCACAGAUCAGCUGGACCCCAAGGGCAGAGGAGAAAUUCCGGCUCUGGGAAGUGACCAGGCCUACGAGACCCUCCCACUCAGGGGCCUAGGCAUGGAUGAUGGCCUCCCAGACAAUGUGUACGAGACUAUCCAGGAGAUGGGGGCCCCUGAGCACCCGGAGCCCUCUGGCUGUCGCUAUUAGCAUAAGAAAGAGGAACAGAGGCAGGGCAUGGGGGCUCCCUGCUUCCCCAGUUUCACCCCAGAGAGGUGGCAUCUCCAACCCCCAUCUGCCUUGAACAACCAAGUAUAGGACGGUCCUCCUUCCAAAGUAGUGCCAAACGCCUAUUCCCUGUCCCCCCCCCCCCCACAGCUGGCAGCGCAAAGUCCAGAUCCCAAGGCUUCUAGGCCUGUGAGGUCCCUGGGGGUCCUGGCCCCCAUGGCCUCUUGGCCUUCGCAAGAUCCUUAAUAAAUACCCAGCACAGGAAGGAUUGAAUAGAGC